CAAAGCGAAGCAACAGGGGACGUUUAUUAUUGUUUUGCUGCAAAAGUUUUAUAUUUUCUAACAGGCGCAAGAGAGAAGACUAAGAAACGGCACAAGAAGAAGAAAUCUCAGGGAAUACAGGCUUUCUGGAGCGUGGGAGCCUCAAAUUAAAACCAGGAGAAGCAAAAGGAGCCGGAAAUGAGUGCCCCCAAGUUCAGUCUGUCUUUCUCGAGGAAGAUAGAGAAGAAGACCCUCCAGCCCUCUGCAAUACGCAACGAUGCACCGGCGGAAGUCAGGGAGAAGACGGAGAACCUCGAGUCCAUUGAAGAGAAUGUCUUGAAGACAGAUGGCAAAGCAGAGGAAGAGGAGUUGGUCAUACCAAUGGUUCAGGUAGACCGAGCAGAAAUUUUUCGCAAGUUAGCGGAAAAGAAGUUAGAGGAGGAUGGUAAUAAUGCUGAGUUGAGGCCAAAACACUUACCUUGGAUGAACAAGCGGAAGCUGCACUUAUAGAAGAGAGUAAACGGAGGCUAGAGGGCUGGACAGAGCGAGCUGCGCCGAGCAACCUCACCAUUCCAGUCGCUGAGAAGGAGGCUGAAAAUGGUGCUGAAUUAUACCCUGUUGGCAAAGAAUCUUCCCUUGACAAUUAUGAAGAAGUUGAAGUUGAUAACUUUGGAGCAGCACUUCUUCGUGGAAUGGGGUGGAAGAAGACUCAGGGGAUUGGGAAAAGAAAUAAGAAAGUUGUUGAUAUCAUAGACCCAUCAGCCAAAACCUUUGGGCUGAUGGGGAGCAGCUUGACCGGGGCAAAAGACGGAGAGAGCAAAGCAGCAGCAGAGGAGGAAGAACUCAGUCUGCAGAAGGGCUCUUAUGUCUUCAUCCACAGUGGCCGUCAGAGAGGAACUUACGGCAUUGUUGAAUCAUUAGAUGAGGAUCACAUGUUAGUGAAGGCUGCCGUUAGCCAAGCUAUUUUACGAGAAGUAGAAUUAAAUGUCCGUGUGGUAUCGCAGAGGGAAUUCAAGGAUUCCUCUCGUGUCAUCAACAAAGAAAUGUAUGACAAGUACAAGGAAGAAGAAGAAAGGAAAAAGGGACUAAAGAAAAACAAACAUUCUGAUGACAACGAGAGUAGUGAUAGUAAAGACUCACGGAGAUCAAAGCAACCAGAGUCCAGAAAGACAGCAAAAGAGGAGAGCAUUAAAAGAGAAGAUGCAAAGGAAGUGAAGAAAGAAGGCGAGAGCAUGGAAAAAGAAAAAGCUGCUGACAAGGAGAGAGAUUAUGCAGCCAAAGAAAAGGAGAAGCCAGACAGAAGGAGAGACGAAGAUAAAUCCACAGGAAAUUAUAGUAAAGGGAGUAGAUAUAGAGAAGAUGAGGAGAAAGAUAGCAAAUAUCGAGGGAAAGAUUUUAAGGAAAGUAAGUACAAAGAUGAAAGGGAAGAUAAAUACAGAGAAAAAUAUGAAAAGGAGAGAUACAGACAAGAAGAUAAUAGAAAAUAUAGAGAAAGAGAUGAAAAACCUGAACGAAGCAGAGAAAGUGAUAAUAGUAAAUAUAGCGAUGAAAAAGGAAGUAGUUAUAAAGGGAACAUAGGAAGGGAGAACAGAUACAGAGAAAACGAUGAGCAGGUAAAGAAAUAUAGAGAAAGCAAGGAACACAGAGAUAAAGAUGGUGGAUAUGUUAAGAACAAAUAUAUGAGUGCCGACCUUAGUGCCAGUCAGAAAAAGAGAUCAAAAGAUGAUGAUUGUAAUUAUGAAGCCAAGAAAGUCAAGAGAUCACCAGAGAGGAUGCCUAUGGUCCCAUGGGUGCGAGAAAACCUUCGUGUUCGUCUUAUUAGCAAGGACUACAAGGGAGGGAAAUACCACAAGGAAAAGGUCAUUGUGAAAACCGUUAUAACAGCAGAGAGCUGCGAGUGUAUCACACCAGAUGGAGAUGUCCUUAGAAAGGUCCAUCCUGAGUGGCUCGAGACAGUCAUACCCAAGAUUCCUCCACAGAUAAUCAUGGUUGUGAAGGGUCAGCAGAAGGGUCAGAGAGGGCGAAUCUUACAACUCCACAAAGACCAAGAAAAAGCAUCUGUUCAGUUUUUAGAGGAUGAAACAGUCAUCAUGAAGUUCCAUUAUGAUGACAUCUGUGAAUAUGUGUCAUGAGACAGAAGGAUAACUAGUGUUUCUAUUCAACUAUUAUUUUUAUCACAAACAUUUUCUUAUAAUAUUUUAUAUAUUUAAAUAAGGAUGACAAUAAAAAAUAACAAGUAAAA